AUGAACACGCGUCCACGCGAUAUCUGCACGGCUGCCUAUGAAGGCGACACGGCCCGCGUGGAGCAGCUCGUGGCGGCGGCUGGCGUGUACAGCGGACGGUGGCAUUCCCCGUUUGCCGUCAACACGAGUGCUACGGCGCGCGACGCGCUGGCGCACUGGGAGGGUGUCGGCGAUGACAGUGAGCGCGAUGGCGGCGCCGAGGAGGACAUAGAGGAGUUGCUCGAAGAAGAAGAAAUGGCGAAGCUGACGGCGCACCCGUUCCUGCGCGGCAUCGUGAAGGCCUACGGCCUCGAUGAGCAGGCCCUCAGCAGCGCCGCCGAGGACGGCGAGGGCGCCAGCGGAGACGAGGACGCGGGUGCCUACACACAGGAGGAUGAUGCCGCGCUACUCGACGAGGAAGCCGAGGAGGCGGCGGAGGCGGAUCGGCAGGCACAACAGGGCGACAUCCUCCUCUACAAGCGUCUGCUUGCCCACCAGCUGCACCGCAACAGCGUCACCGAGCACAUUCAGCGGCACGGGUUGCUUCGCAUGAGCCCAACGCCGCCAGUGGACAUGACCCUGUACGGUAUUCUCUUCUCGUGUCGUGAGGUGCCGACGGCUGCUGGUGGGGCAGCGGAGUCAGAGAGCUCAGUGCCUCUGCAAGUGCGCUGGCAGCCCAGCAAGCGGAGUCGCUACGCUGGUACACCUCUUCACUGGGCCGUCCUCGCCCGCGCGCACGACAUGGUGCGCUUCCUCGUGGAGCACGGCGCUGACUGUACUGCAGGGCUAAAGGCAGUCGCGGACGACGGUGCGGCGCCAGAUGCGCAACUCGAGAUGUGCGAUCAGAAGGUGCUGGAGUCGCUGACGCCUGCGCGUAUUGCCGCUGACAACGAGUCGCACGGCACACUGGAGGUGCUGGAGAGGGCCGUGGCGGCGCAAGAAGCGAGGCGCGCGGACGAAGAGGCCUUCUUCAUUAUGCUAGAGAAACGUCUGCAGCGGCGCAAGGAGGAUUACCUGCACCGCUUCGAGGAAGCGCGCGCGCAGCGACUGCGUGAAGCUGAGGAGGCGAGGCGCGCGGAGGCGGAAGAAGCCGAGGAGGCCGAGGAGAGCUAUGCGUCCGGUGAAGACGGCAAUGGCGGCAGCGGUAGCGAGAACAUGGACGCUGGCGAAGAGGACGAGAAGGCGGGGGGCUGA